ACAGGAGACAAAAAGAGAAAGGAAAAGGGAAAAAAAUAAAAUAAAAUAAACCUCCAUAGCAGAAGAUGCAAGCUAACAGUCAUGGUUAUUAUUAUUAUUAUUAUUAUUAUUAUUAUCUAUAAAACAAUGACGUGAAGCAACUACCAGAACAACUAUAUAUAAUGGAGAAAUCAAAGUCUUUUUCAUCCAGGAAAGUUCCAGGAAUUCACCGUCUCUCUUCGCCAAUCGGUGAUUCCUGCAAAUUUCCCGAGAGGGGAGUGCUCUGGGUCAUGAACUUUAACCCCAAUUGUUUCAACUAAACCUUAAUCGACCAAUGGCCAUGGCUAAUUCGUUGUUCCUCUUUUCCAUCUUCAUACUUGCCUUCAUCCCAAUUGCUUACUCUGUUCCCUUCAUCCUGCUUCACGGCAUUGGAGAUCACUGCUCCCAUCGAGGAGUUAGACAGUUCACUGAGCUACUGAUCAAAUUGUCUGGUUCUAAAGGACGUUGCCUGGAAAUUGGAGAUGGCACAUGGGAUUCUUGGUUUAUGCCUCUUCAGGAACAGGCAGAUAUUGCUUGUAAUAAGGUGAAGAAAAUGAAAGAACUCAGAAAGGGCUACAACAUUGUUGGUCUGUCUCAGGGUAAUCUAAUAGGUCGAGGUGUUGCAGAGUUUUGUGAUGGGGGACCUCCUGUUAAGAAUUUUAUUUCAUUGGGAGGACCUCAUGCUGGUACUGCUUCUGUCCCUCUUUGUGGCUCUGGUGUGUUUUGCAUUUUUGCGGACAGCCUACUCAAGUCUCAGAUCUACAGCGACUAUGUUCAAGCUCAUUUGGCUCCCAGUGGCUAUCUCAAAUUACCAAAUAAUAUCCCUGCCUAUCUGGAAAAAUGUAGAUUUCUCCCAAAGCUUAACAAUGAACUUCCUGGUGAGAGAAACUCAACUUACAAGGAACGGUUCAGUAGUUUGCAGAACUUGGUGCUUAUCAUGUUUGAGCAUGACUCAGUUGUAGUACCCAAGGAAACCUCCUGGUUUGGAUAUUAUCCGGAUGGUGCAUUCAAGCCAACUUUGCCUCCACAAAAGACAAAGCUUUACGCUGAGGAUUGGAUCGGUUUGAAAACUUUGGAUGAAGCUGGGAGGGUGAAGUUCAUCAGUGUGCAGGGUAAUCAUCUAGGAAUCUCUGAAACUGAUGUGAAGAAGUACGUUAUACCAUACUUGAUAGGUAAAGCAUCCACUAAAGUUAAAGUGAAAGGAUCAUCAUCUCAUGGGUGGCACUCCUAAAAUCAGAAGCUUCAUUGGGGAAUUUCUUGUGGGGUUGAUGACAACUUGGCGACCCUUAUCCUUGUGCAAAGUUAAAAUUGUUGAUUUCCUUUUAUAAACAUGAUCCAUGUGGUUCAAAUUUAUCUAUUCAGAUUUGUGAGGAUGCUUAUACCAAUUUGCAGAGAAGAUUUAAUUAUUGGGCAAUUGAACUUACUGUGCUUGGAGGUAAUAAUAUUUAUGCCUUGGACUUGGA